AUGCAUCUUGCCAUUCCUCCCCCUCCUAUUCGCAAUUCCGAAAAGGGGUUCAAAACACGCCCCAAGAAUACACGAACUGAGUCGGUCUCAACAAAUGAGACCGAGUCUGUACAGGCCUCUUCUGAAGGAUCAUCAAAAAGGUCAUUUCGGAGAUCCCUUAUCAAUGCCUUUGCUGCUCGCACCUGA